GGCAGCGGGGCCGCGGCUUCGGCUCGGGAGAGCGCGGGCCAUGUGGCACCUGUGGCUGGCGCUGUGCGCGCUGGCGCUGCUGUGGCCCGGGGUCCUGGCUGGCUGCGCCGAAGCCGGGCGCUGCUGCCCGGGCCGGGACCCCACCUGCUUCGUCCGCGGCUGGAGGCUGGAUCGCGUCUAUGGGACGUGCUUCUGCGACGAAGCCUGUCGCCUCACCGGGGACUGCUGCUUCGACUACGCCAGGGCGUGUCCAGCUCGCCCGUGUUUCGUCGGGGACUGGAGCCCUUGGAGCGGCUGUGCUGACCGGUGCAAGCCGACCACCCGCGUGCGGAGGCGCUCCGUGCGCCAGCAGCCUCAGAACGGCGGCGCGCCCUGCCCUCCGCUAGAGGAGCGAGCCGGCUGCCUGGAGUACUCGACGACGCUAGGCCGGGACUGCGGGCACGCCUUCGUUCCUGCCUUUAUAACUACCUCUGCAUUCAACAAGGAGAGAACAAGACAAGUUGCAUCUCCACAGUGGUCUACACGCCCAGAGGAGACUGGAUACUGCAUGGAGUUCAAGACCGAGUCCCUGACUCCCCACUGUGCUCUGGAAACCAGGCCCCUGAUGCGAUGGACACAGUAUCUCCGAGAGGGGUACACAGUGUGUGUGGAUUGUCAGCCUCCAGCUAUGAACACCGAGAGCCUUCGCUGCUCUGGGGAUGGUCUGGACUCUGACGGAAACCAGACACUCCACUGGCAAGCAAUCGGCAAUCCUCAAUGUCAAGGGACCUGGAAGAAGGUGCGGCGCGCAGCCCAGUGUUCAUGUCCAUCUGUUCACAGCUUCAUUUUCAUAUAGACUGCAACAUUACGAUUGCCAAAUGUGUUUAUGGAUGUGCUACAUGUUGUAUGCGUACAGACCUUCAAACACUGUUUGACUGAGGCUCUGGAGCACGUGUCCUUGCGACACAGUGAGGUAACUGUGAAAACGGAAGGGCGCAUUCUCAAGGAAAACAGUGUCUUUGUUUUCACUAAGGUGAGGAGGUCACCCUGAAAGUUCCUGUGGUCCUGUAUGUCUCACAUUCCUUCUGAUCACAGAACACCCGUCUGCGCUACAAGUACCACCAUGUGAUCUGUCUACUUUUUGGUGAGAAGUUCUUCUCUAAGGCUGUGCUUUGACUCAUGCAUUUUUAUCUCAUUUUUAUCUCUUAAAAGCUUCUCAUUUUAAAUAGGAUAUGUAUUUUUUCUCUCAUAUACACUUCCCAUAUGUUAUUCUAUAAGCUUUGAAAUAAUUUCAAGUAAAUUAUCAGAAAUAAUUUCCCAAAGGGCAAAUUGUUUAAAAUUUUCAUAAGACUUC